UCAUGCCUAUUCUGCGUGAGAAACUCCCUCCCGACUUGGUCAAAACUGGACGACUUUUGGUAAUCAUGCAACACAGAUUUUUGCAUGCUUCAGAUUUAGCCUGACAAGUUGCAUUCUUCCAGACCCAGACACUUUUACAUUUGAUAACCCGUUGCUCCUGCUGACCCUCCUGUAUCAACUGCAAAUAAGUAUGUCUUCUGGGUCUGAAAGGAUGCAACUUGUGAUGCUUCUACUCCCUUAGUAAAAUCUUUGGACUGGGUCUGGAAUAUAUAAACUUGUGUUGCUGAACAAGCUUGCAUUUUUGCAGAGUAGCCCAGUAUGUACGGGUACGGCAAAAUACCAGCAUCAGACACUUUGCGAGGCUCAUUGCAGAUUAUGAUCUUUCGUAAAAACGCAUCAAAAAGAAGUGGCCUCCAGCACGAGAAAAAAACUGGCCCGUCGGAUUCAUGCAUUACAGAUCUCUCUGCCUUUCCAAAGUCGCAUGACAAAUUCAGACCGAGACAUAUUUGCAAUGCAUACAUCAAGCACCAAAACCUCCUCGCGCGGGUCCGCGUUUGGUACCGGUAUGGAAGAGAAUAAAAACUGUGUGAGUCGUGUAAGUCUGUGAUGCAGAAUUAUGAAAAACAGCUAUCACUUGUCAUGCUGGAUCUGCGUGGUCAUAGGCUACUCUCACACGUUCUUCCAGUGAAGAUACUAGCCGCGCAUGACAGGUUCUUGUUUUUCCUGUAAUGCAAAACGAAUUUGUGAUGCUGCUCUCGUCCCUAGUACAAAGUUACACUCACACAGUUUUUUUCUUGGAUAACCGAGAGCGGCAGAAAAGACUGCGGGAGGCACGGCGAAAGCGGCAGGAGGAGAAGCUGGUCAAGAAGGCGUUGAAAGAGAAAAACAGCAUCAAGCCUCUGGACUAUUGGCGACAGUUUCGCCAGUGGUGGAAGAAAGCGAAGGAAUAUCAACUGAAAUACAUACGUCUGGGUCUGGAACAAGGAUUUUUCAGACAAUUUGUCAUCGUGGUCCUUAAGUACAUGUUGCCAGCAGGGGCUAUUUCCCUAGUGCGGCCUAGAAACAGCAUGACAAGUGGCGCUUCAUCUCGGCUUCUCGCGAAUAAUAUAUUAUUCUAGUGCGUUUAGCAUCACAGACUGGCUACUUUCAGCCCUUAGUUUCCCAACACGACAAGAAAACUUUGCUUACCCCUCCUAUCGAUGCAUCACAGAUCUUGCUGUGCUUCAAAUCUCGCAUCACAAAUCCAGACAUAUUUGCAAGGUAUAAGCAAGAGAUUUCCGACGAAAACCUGGAACGCCUGGCGAACAACUGCACAGCGGUAUUGUGAGGAAAAAUCCCCCCUCCCCAUAUCAAAGAGGACAUUUGUGAUGCUGGAUUUGCGUACACAAAUCGUAUUGCUAGAAGGCCAAGCGACGCAGUUGUGGCCUGAAUUGUAGGCAUUUUUUUGUCAUGCUGUUUCCCUCUUCCAGUUGCCUCCUGUCAUGCUGAAGAUGCCAGGCUCUCCCACGCCAGCCAGGAGCACUACAGUCCGCAUCCUUUGCUCUCUAGCAUGAGAACAUGAUUUGUGGUCAGAAAUCAGCAUCACAAAUUUAGUAUCCCGUUUGGAUAUGGGGAGGUGGGGGGAUUUUUCACUUUGAUACGCGGAGCAGGAGCGCUUUGCUGGUUGGGCGACCAAGUACCACCUCGUCAACGAAACGGCAAAGGACGCGGAAUGGCAGUGGUGCGAUCUGGCGAAAAAAACGUCGCAGCCAUUCACCCAGAUGCAGGAGAAGUACAAGUUUGACAACGCGAUUGGUGACUCGAAAUCUGUUAUCAAAUGUAAAAAUGUCUGGGUCUGGAAGAAUGGAAGGCUUGUCAUGCUUGUCUGGCAUGACCCGUGAUGCUUGUAAUGCAUGACCCAGCAUCACAGAUUUUUGGAAAGCUUACUGAUGCCAUUUCCGCAUGACAAAUGCCCUCCUCGCGUAGCACAAAUGUGGCUCCUCUUGCUGGUCAUGCAAUACAGAUUUUUUUAGAUUCCAAAGUUAGCAUCACAAGUUGCAAUCUUCCAGACCCAGACAUUUUUACAUUUCAUAUCCGUCGAACACCUUCGGCUCGUAAACUGCAUGGAAGAUCCGGAUGUGUAUUCGGAUGCGAAGGAGGCUCUAUGGAUUGCAAAAGUGUCUGGGUCUGGAAGGUUGGAACUUGUGAUGCUAACUUUGGACGCUAAAAAAUUCUGUAUUGCAUGACCAGCAAAAGGAGUCCGGUUUGUGCUACGCGUGUUGGGCAUUUGUCACACGGAAUAGGUACCAGGAAGGCCUCGAAAGAUCUGUGAUGCUAGGGCUUCCAUGACAGACAUUCUGUGUCAUGCAAAAACAGCAUAACAAGUUUCGGAUUCUUCCAGACCCAGACACUUUUACAUUUGAUAGGCUCCGGUGGUCGACCACUUUUGCCAGAACGUGGCAGACGAGGAGCAAUCAAAAUCCUUUUCUCCGUUUGGUGACGAUGAUGAUGAAUGAUGAUGUUGUGCAGUAGGCCAUGCGAGCGGGCCGGAGGCUGGGAUAUGUAUCAGAGAUUUGUUUUAUCGCAAGCUAAGCCUUCUCAAAGUUGUUAAAAUUUCAUAAAUACGCACACAAAUUAAGUAAUGUGACAGUACGAUCGAUUUUUGCCCCUGUUGCAAAAAUCCUAAAACCUUUUAAGCGCUUUUCUUUUUGACCUACAACAUUCUAUGUAUCAGAUUUCAUGAUCGCUGAAAAGUUUUUUUUCAUACAACGAACAAGCAACCAAAGGAUUUCCUCCAGUAGCGCUGCAGUAUCGAUAAACGUCUCAACUGUGGCUCGGCAAACAGCGUCGUGUGAAUUUUCCUACUCGGUCAGCUUAAGUAGGCGAAAUAUAUUCCUGUAGAAGUCGACAACGAAUACGAAGGAGGCUCAACAUGCAGGUGGAAUUAUCCGGUUGAUGCUUUUUGAAAAGGAUGACAG